CAACUACGACGUAGAAUCUCAUAUCGCACAUUGACCGAGUCUAGACCUGUCUAUGAGCUUGCUGCGAUGGGGCUAGGUGCUGGGUAUUAUCCGAGAGACGUUGCCGACUCGGUGCCAUCCUUCCACGGUUACAACGCCGUAGUUGGUAAUCUGCAGCUCCUAUUCGGAAACGUCGCUUUGACAAUAGCCCUAUCCAGUUUCGGAAUCUUCGGCCUUUCGAUCUGGUCAAUCACCAAAUUAUGGACUCGGCCGGAGAAGAAGAUUACAGUUCUCGGCGGACCCUUAGCGAUUACAAAAUUGGUCCUCUAUACACUGCUCGUCAUUUUCUAUUUAGCAUUCCUCAUCACCACCACCCAGCUCGAUAUCGGUAGCGCCUCCACUCGACGUUAUUCGAUCUCCGCCGCGGCGGUGCAACUGUGUUGUUCAGUAUCGCUGGGCCUCAGCGCGCUAGUGAGCCAUGUAUGGGGGAUCCGAUCAUCGUCCUUUGCGCAGUUAUUUCUCGUCGCUUGGACCACCACAGACAUUGCCCGGAUCGUCCUUCUGACAGAGGAGCCGCUGAACGCAGACGGUCAUGCAUCCUAUCUCGGCCUUGCAUCCGCGAUCAUAGCGGUCAAGAUAGUCUUGCUCACUGUCGAGGAACUGAGCAGGAGGUCGCUACUAAAAGAUCCCUACAGUAAAUACCCAACCGAGGCGUUGAGUGGAAUCAUCAAUCGCGCCUUCAUGUUCUGGCUUAACCCGCUGAUGUGGCGUGGCGUUGCCGGAGAGCCGCUAUCGCUGUCCGAGAUGGUCGACUGCGAACAUGAAUUCAAGAGCGAGGGACUUUCGGCGACGCUGAAUAUAAUCUGGGAGAAACAUGUUACCCCGAAAAGCAAGCACAACCUCUUCCUGACCCUGGCGUGGCAGUUCCGAUGGCUAUUUAUUGUUCCGACCCCAACACGAUUUGCGCAGGCCGCUUUCCAAUUCCUACAGCCGUUUUUGAUUGAGCGGACAUUGGCCUGGUAUCAGAACCAAGGGGAUGGCAAUGAACCCCGGAGCGUGGGAGGGGGCCUCAUCCUUGCGUAUGGCCUGGUAUACCUCGGAGUGGCAAUCUCCACGGCGUACAGUCAGUAUCAGAUAGUGCGCUUCAUCACUGCUAUUCGAGGCAGCCUUGUCUCGCUCAUCUUUCGGAAAUCGCUAGAGCUUCCCAAGUCCGACAUGGCACCACUCACUCUGAUGAGUACCGACGUAGAGCGCAUCGUGCAAGGAAUGCAGUAUGUGCACGAGGUAUUCGUCAGCUUCUUCACCUUGGGUGUGGCGCUGUGGCUGCUUGAGCGGCAGCUAGGGGUUGGUGCCAUUGCGCCGAUUGUGGUCACGGUUGGUAGCAUGCUAGUAAUCGGAGCCUUUGGCAAAAAGAUUGGCAGUGCGCAGAAGCGCUGGGUUGAAUCAGUCGAGAAGCGUGUCGGGGUCACAACCCAGAUCCUGACAUCAAUGAAGAGUAUCAAGAUGUCUGGACUUGCCAGAUACUCGGGAGCACUUAUGCAAUCUCUUCGAGAGGCUGAAUUGGUGAUUUCCCUAAGCAUGCGACGCUUUUUGACCGUUGGAAUAGGUCUUUCGUUCGCAACACCUGCCUUGGCUCCCGUCGUGGGGUACGCAGUGUACAUCGCAGUGGCGUCGCACCAUGGAGACACACUUCUGGCUUCAAAGGCGUUCCAGGCGCUUGCGAUAUUCACCCUCCUGAGCAACCCACUUGGAAUUCUCAUCCAGACAUUACCAGAUGUGAUUGGAAUGCUUGCCUGCUUUGAUCGUAUUGGAAAGUUUCUUCAGAGCGAGGCCCGAAGCGACAAUAGACGCUUGAUCGACUCGCCCUCGAUGUCGACGGAAAAGAUGCCAUUCGGUGACAGUAGGGCCGACAGUGACGGGCGCUCUUCGUUGACACUGGGCAGUGAAUUAAUCACGAUCGUAGAGGGCAAAUUCUGGCGCGAGGCAGAGAGCGAACCCGUAUUACAAGACAUCAACCUGCACAUCAAGAGCGGAACUCUGACUCUGGUUGAAGGCCCCUCUGGUUCGGGAAAAACAACCCUUCUAGAGGCCCUUCUCAGGGAAUUACCACCUCCCUCGAGCCCCAUUCAGGUUGCUUCUGGGUUUGAUAUUCAGAACGGUAUUGCGUACUGCUCGCAACAACCGUGGCUGCGUAAUGACACGGUGCGAGGCAAUAUUGUGGGCAACAUGCCGUACAACGAAGCAUGGUAUAGGUCGGUCCUCUAUGCAUGCGCGCUGGACGGGGUCAUCCACAAACUAAACCCGGGGCUCGUUGGAAAUGGAGGCACAACGCUCAGCGGUGGCCAGAAGCAGCGCAUUGCGUUGGCCCGUGGGGUCUACUCCCGACGGCCACUACUUCUUCUGGAUGACUCCCUCGCUGGACUAGACCAUCUCUCCGAACAGCAUAUCGUUGAUCGACUACUGGGGCCCAUGGGUUUACUGAGACAAUUGGGGACAACUGUCGUCUUCGCCUCACAAACAGCCAAGCACCAAAGCCUCACCGAUCAGGUCAUAUCCCUGCGUGGUGACGGCAGAAUGCUCGACCGCGAAUCCCCAAUCAGUCCAGACAGAGACUCGUGCGAGGAGAUUGUGGCAUCUAACAAGCCUCCGAAUACGGGUAGCAUCCCGCUGGCGCAAAACCCCGUUGCCUUCGCUCUGGAGGCUAGAUUCGAGACCGCAGCCACUGAUCCUCGCGACCGUCGGAAGGGCGAACUGGACGCAUAUCUCUACUAUUUCGCUUCGCUGGGUCGGAGAAAGCUCAGCCUGUCGAUUGGCUUGGUCCUCUCGUUUGUCUUCUUCAGCAAUUUCCCUCAAAUAUGGCUGGAGUGGUGGACGGAGUCCAACGUUGAUCAUCCCAACAACAGGCUCGGAUAUUGGAUUGGAGUGUAUGCCCUCUUUGGGGCCCUGGCAAUUCUGUCGAUAAUUCUUGCCUGCUGGCUCAUGAUAUGCAACAUGGUCAAGGAUUCUGCAGAAUCUCUGCAUUUGACCCUGGUUCAAACAGUGGAACGGGCCGUGGUGUCCGUAUUCUCGUCGACUGAUCCGGGACUUAUGAUCAACCGCUUCAGCCAGGAUAUGUCCCUGGUCGACAUGGAACUACCUAUGGCGUUUGCUAACACCGUCAUCACUUUCAUGACCUGCAUCACACAGAUCAUUAUCAUCGCCGUCUCCUCGCGGUACCUGGGUGCUACGAUUCCCUUCGUCCUUGCCGUGUUCAUCUUCACUCAGCGGCUCUACAUCCGAACCUCCCGACAACUGCGAUUUCUCGACAUUGAAGCCAAAGGUCCUCUAUACACCGAGUUUAUCGAGCUCCUGAAUGGGCUUCCUGUGGUCAGGGCAUUCAACAUGCAAGACGCUUUCAAGCGACGCCUCGCUGCGGCACUCGAUACUUCUCAGAAGCCAUUCUACCUCCUCUUCUGCGUACAGCGAUGGCUCGGCCUAGUGCUCAAUCUGGUUAAUCUGGGCCUGGCGCUGUUCCUAAUCGGAGUUACGACUGCCACGCGUGGCAUCUCGGGGGGAUUUCUCGGCGUGGCACUGAUUAACCUGAUGAAUUUUGGACCUAGCUUGGCCGAUCUCGUCAAUGUGUGGUCCACACUAGAGACCAGUCUUGCUGCCGUGGAGCGUGUCAAGUUUUUCGCUGAGGAGACUCCGACGGAGUCAACAGAGACCCCUGUGCAGCUGGAGCAAGAGUGGCCACGAGCCGGAGAUAUCCAGUUUCUGGACGUGUCUCUGCGUUAUAGCCCCGACUCAGAUCCAGCUGUGAAUUCAUUGACACUCUCCAUUCCGGCCGGAACAAAACUUGCCAUUUGUGGCCAAAGCGGCAGCGGAAAAUCCACCCUUUGCAUGGCCCUUCUCCGCAUGCUAGAUCCUGUUGGUGGCGCGAUCCUGAUCGACGGACAAGAUAUAUCGCGUGUACCGCACCAGACACUACGCGCCGCCUUAUCCGUUGUGCCCCAAGAGCCGGCGAUCCUGGAGGGCUCAAUCCGCACGAACGUUGAUCCAGACAACAUCCACUCUGAUGAGGAGGUGGUCUCUGCACUCAAAAUGGCGGGACUCUGGGGGGCAGUCGAGGAACGAUUCUCCGUGGAGGACAAUACGUGUGCGGCGGGUCUGUCAGGCGGACAGAAACAGUUGCUUUGUCUUGCUCGAGCACUUGUGAAGGAGAGCCGGAUCCUGGUACUGGACGAGGCCACUGCUAGUGUUGACCACGCGACUGACAAGAUGGUCCAUGAGCUGGUGGAAAAGAAUCUGACUAACACCACUGUGAUUUCAGUGAUGCAUCGAUUGGAUCACAUGGCCGUAUAUGAUUUAGUUGCGGUGCUUGAUGACGGGGAACUGGUGGAGGUGGGAAGUCCAGAGCGUUUAUUCGAAGAUCCAGCGUCCAGGUUGUCACGGCUGGCGUUGGGCGGACUGUAGAAGGAAGAAACGUUUGUAUGUGCCAAUAGAGUCGAGAUAGUACACCAAUUGGCAUGCAUUUCAUUGCUGCUAGUUGCCCCGGCGAAAAUAUCCGCAAUUGAAUGUACACAGCUCUGUUGUGGCACUUGAAAAUU